ACGAGCCUGGUAAUGUCAAAGUUGGAAUCCCACAGUAGCUACACACAAGUGGUGUAAGUGAAGCCUACGGCAGGAAGACUCGUAGUUUGAAGAGGAAAUGUGAGUUUUACAGGAAUGCGCGCUGCGGAUCCAGACAGAUGUUGGCAUGUAGGCUGCGAUGGCACAAGAAGAACCGCUGUAUGAUUUCCCGGAGCCCACCCAGUCAUCAGAGCGGAAGCUGUUGGGGCAUCAGAGGGGACAGGGCUCUCUGAGAAGCAUCAGCGUGCUGGACCGUCUCCUGCUCACAGUUCCAGUCUGGCUCCAGCUGUCCAUCAACCCUGCCACCGCACUGCACAUACUGCAGAGGGAGCCUCCUGGGACCUUCCUGGUGCGCAGGUCUCGCACAUCCCGGAAAAAUGUGCUGUGUGUCCGCUUGGCGGAUGACAGCGUGCCAUCCUUUGUUCAGCAAUUUGGCAUCAGGGAGGAACAAUCCAGUAAGACUCUGUGUCUGGAGACUUCAGCCAUCAGUUUUCCAGAUGUCCCAAGACUAGUUUCCUUCUACUGUGUCAGCAGAGAUGUAUUACGCUUCCCUUUGGAGCUUCCUGAAGCCAUUGCAAAGGCGACAUCCCACAAAGAGCUGGAGUCCAUCUCACAUAUGGGAAUAGAAUUCUGGAAUUCCCACCUAAACGUCCGUGGGCCUCGGGAGGCACCUAAGCCUCAGAAAGACAAGAAGAAGAAGCCAGACACAGUAACCUCAGUCCCGCCCGCUGCUGCCCCACAGACGAGCUCUGCAGCUCAGCCGGAUUCCGCUCUCCAGCCCGACUCAGACAACCAGCUCAGGACGGUAACUACUUCUGACACGGACAAAAAACAAGCAGGUUCGAAUCCCACCCUGUUCCACGAGUUCUGUCCAAUCACGACACGCAGCCCCCGAGAGCUGGACUGUGGCUACGGCCAGGGCGCUCUCUGUUUCGUCAACCCCCUUUUCCUGCAUUCCCAUAAUCCUUUGUCCAGACGCCGCAUGUUCAGCCGCAGCCGCAAGGUUCGGAUUUCCACAGAGUCUUCGAGCCUGCUGUCGCCCCCACUCGCUCCUCCACCUCCACCGCCGCUAAUGCCCAAAACCAAAGGAAAAUCGAAUGCCCGGAAACGGGGACAAGGAACCGCCAAACCCAGUCAAGGUCUGUUACAAGGUGAGAGCCCAAGUGAAGUCGCUCAGAUUGAUUUCACCUGGCCCCUGCCUCUGACACAGAUGCAGAACACCUCCAGUGAGGCCCAAGUUCAGCUUCCAUCAGCAACUCCUCACUUUCAGCCUGAGAUGCAGGAACGGGGCCAAAGUGAAGCUGGAGUCACCGGUGAAGAGGCUACAGCUCAGCUAUCAGCAGUAACGGAGAAUCUUCCACACGAAUCAGACUACAUGCAGCCCUCUCCAAAGAUCAGUUUCUCCAGUUCGUCCUCACUCCCUCCUUACUUCUUCCCAUAUGGUUCUCCCAAGGCUCCUCCCAUUUUCCCCAAAGAAUCUCCGUCCCUCUCUCCUUUUGACUCUCCAUGGGCUUCUUCCCGUCUCUCCCCCAAGGCUGCCAUUUCCCUCUCUCCAUACGACUCACCCAUCGCUUCACCUUCCCUUUCACCGUACCAGUCCCCGUCUUCUUCUCCUUCUCCUAAGGCCCCCUUCAGUCUCUCUCCCUUCACCUCUCCGUCCUUCCUUCAGCUGGCAGAGCAGGCCUAUCACACACCUUCUACUCCUUCAAGACCAGAUCAGCAAAGAUCAGAGAGAGAGGAGGAGGGAGCAGGUGGGGGUGAAAUGAAGGAUGAAGAUGACACAAAAGAGGAGGACAGGGGUCUGGUUUUACAGAUGAAUGCUGCUUCUCUAAAUGACACAGACAGCUGCAGUUUCUUCAGUAGUCUUCAGGGAGCAGCAGAGACUCCACCUCACUCCCCCCACAUACAGGACGAUGCUCCAAGCCUCGAGCGCACAAACAUUUUAGACUAACUGAUUUACAUUAUAAAGCACCGUGUAGAAUUACUAAAUGUGAACGUGGUGACAGCAUCUCAGGGUCUCACCGUGAGAUAAUCUUCAG